UGUUUACAUGCGCAGUAUAAGCGGAUAACUAUCAAAAAUCUGCUUAUUACAGAAAACUGUUUUCAUGCGUUUACAUGCAAAUCAAUAAGCCGCCUAUGCAGACAACUGCGUUUACAUGGGACUUGCAGAAUUAUCAGUUUUCUCGCAGGCAGUGACGUCAACACCUAUAGUACACAAUAGUCGUUCAAAAAGUCGACGGCAUAUCUGUCUUAAGCUGUACUGUUGUAUCUCUUCUCGUGUCUGCAGAACCUGUAAAUGUAACAUGAGCUGCUAUUUUAACAGUUUCUCUGCCAACUGCUUUAGUCGAGCGGAGACUUUUAUGCGUUACUUUGCGCUUACUUCCGCGUGUGACGUUUAUCUUUCAUACGCGGAGACAUGCGCACAUGGACAAAACCGUGAGAAAGCCGGUUAAGGUGUUUACAUGCCACGCGAAAUCGGCGUAAUGAGCAAAAAACUACCUGUGCCGAUCGGUUUUUGCUUACGCCGUUUAUGGGCUUUCCCCGAUUAAAGAAAACCGAUUUACGCGUUUACAUGACCCCACAUGUUAUCAGUUUAUUAAGCAUAAUCGGCGUAAGACUGUGCAUGUAAACGCACUCAUUAAUUCCCAGGUUGUAGGAAGUGGAUAUGAUUCUCUCCUCAAACAACUGGUGUGUAGAAUUGACAAUUGUAAAAGAGCAAAAGCUAUUAGUACACCACUUUGUGGUACUCUAGAAGUAUCAGCAAACAAACGAAAGUCGGUGUAUGGUUGUAUAAAUUCUGAUCCACAAAUGCCAGUUGGAGAAACAUCUGAAUUGCAGCAGGAAAAAAAAGAGAAGUUGCUAGUAAUGUUUCAAAAUAACGAAAGUGAUGUAAAGACAAUCUAUGACUUAAUGACUUCUACUUACACCUCUCAAAGAAACGACAUCCAAUCUGGAAUAGAAACCAAUGAUUUACUUGAUGCGUGGCCAUAUCUUUUUCAGCCAGCAGGAAUGAAAGCACACUUUAAAGAGCUCACUGGCAUUGACAUAAACAACAGCUUUGAAGAAUCUGCUUCCAGUAAGUUCAGAAGAAUUUUGGAGUACUUUCAAUUUCAGUGCACAGAAAGAGCAAGCAGAGCAGGGAGAAUCCUCACAAAGUAUAGAGCUGGAGGGGAUCAUGUUUGUGGGGCAGUGAUGUUGCUGCUAACCCAUUUCAAAAAUGACCAAGACCACUUUCUUGUGAUGGUAGAAGACACCUGUGUUCCAAGUGAUAUAUGCUCAGAAAAGCUUCCAGCAACACCAUGUAUAGUAGUGUGUGGAGAGAACCCUCUGACAGCCAGUGUGUACAUGGUAGCAGUAGACCAGAUGAUUGUAAAUGACCAUCUCUUGAGUUUUACAGAAGCCCUGUAUCUGAUGUUCUCUCUUUACUAUAUAUUGAACAUCAGUUACCCUGUGGAACUGGGAGCCACACUAGAAUUCUUGCAAAGGUGCAUCUUUAGAAUAAAUCCUCAUAAAGGUACCAAGGUGGAAAAGAGAGAGAAAAAGAGAGCGUACUCUGUCAACCCCAGAGUAUUGAAUCUGACGUCAAAAAUUGCUGCAUUUGACUGGGGAGAGUAACGGAUGUGGUCUUUCAGAAGAUUGACAUUUCUCUGAAGAACAGGACAGACAGACUUUUUGUACAUCAGUGCAGUGCUUUGUUCCUUAAAUUAUUUUUAUAACCUUGUGAUGUGAUUGGGAUUGUCAGAAUACAGGCCCAGUGUUUUGUUUGUUUGUAAAUUGAACAAAUUUGUGUUCUAAAACAUGCCUUAUCCAUUUUUACCCAUGUGACAUGUUCGGGAUAAUCAGAAUCCAGGUCGACGACUUCUUUUUUUUAUUGAACAAAUUUGUGUUCUAAAACAUGACAUUUGCUGGAAGUGUUAUUUCCAUUCCAUUUUGAAGGCUUGCUAUAUAAUAAAAAGCUAAAGUUGUUAACAGCA